AUGCGCAUGCGCAUAAAUGAGCUCGAGCAGCCUCCGCCCACGUGGUCGGCGCUGAUGGAAGCACUGAGGCUGUACCGAGCUCUCUUGAAGGUGGCUAGACGCUAUGAGGUUCCACACAUUAGAAAGAGAAUGACCUACAACAUUAGAGACAUGUUUGAGGUGUUUGGGGAUGAGAAGGACAGUGGUCGAGUCCAGAACCUGAUAUCCAGAGGCUGGAAGGUCCACGGUGUCCUUGAGAAACUCAGCACCAUUGAUGAGCUAAAUGCUAUCAUGAAAACACGUGACGCCAGACCUGAACUAGAUCAAAGAUAACCGUACAUCUGUGUGUGUGUGUCUUUGUAGCAGAAGUAAUGCCUCAGUGAAGGGUAGGUGUACUUGGACGGCAGUGCUGUUUGGAUGUUUUGUUUGGGGAGGUAAAGUGCUGUUUGUUGAUAGGGUGUGGUGCUGGGGUAAUACCAUUCCGGCAUCCCUAACGGGGAUAUUGGGUGUGCAGGGAAAUUAGUCACCAGCCAAUAAAUUCCUUAUAGCGGGUGCAUUAG